AUGGAUGCGGCGGACCGGAUCCCGCUCCCGGGAAGCUGCCGCUCGGAGGAGAGACCCGGCGGUACCGGGCGCAAGGCCCAGCGAGGAGCGCGGGGCCGGGGCACGGAAGCGGAUCGUGACCCCCUGGCCCGACCGGUGCCGGCGCCGCCGUCUCGUCCACUGCUCGGGGCUCCCGGGGCAGCGUCCGCGGCGGCGCAGCAGCGCCCGUCCCCGUGGCCGUGGAGCUGCUGCAACCCGCAGAAGCUGGUGUUUGUCCAGCACCGUGGCUGCCGGUGUCCCGGCGCAGGUGGGAACCGCAGACCCGAGCCGAGUCUCCCCGCACCGACGCCGCACGGGAGCCCCGAGGGUCCGCGGAUCUCCCGACUGAGCAGCCGCCUCUGCCCCGUCGCCUUCGCCGAGCUACGCGGAGCCCCACGGCCACGCGUGGGUGUGCAGAGCCGAGAGGCCGCGGUUCCGGCUGCCUCACGUGCGGGCGUCAGCGCAGGAAUAGCUUCAUCCUCCCGCUGUAACCCACGCGGGACCCACGCGGAGCCGGGGCUGCGCCCCCGGCUGCGGUGCGGGGGGGGCAGGGACGAGGCGAGACGUAAACGAGAACGGCACAGGGAAAGCAGCGCGGAGCGGCCGCCGCCGCGUGGGAACCGACCGGAGCCCCCGCGCGUGGGUGAGCCGGGUCCGGGGCUGCGGCCGCUCGUGGGGGUCUUGGUUCGGAAGGAGAAGCGGGACGGAGCUGUCCCGGCGCCGUGGCCCGAGGCAGUGGCGGGUGGGACUGUUCGCGGCUCCGCCGGGCAAUUCCUCCCGCUGCCGGAGGGAGUCCGGGGACCCCCUCGCCCGGGGCCGGCGGCGCUGCGAGGGCCCCCCUGCCAGGCCGGGCCAAUGGAAGCAGCAGCAGAGCCGGGGCACGGGCCGCCCUCCGGGCUCCCGAGGUCAGCGGCAGGGGCUGCCUGGGCGCCCCACGGGCUCUUGGCCGAGGGGGCCGCUCGCCCCCGCGUCUCCACCGCCCACGCAGACAGUGGCCCGGUCUCUGGGUCCCGGGCUCGGUGCCGACUCGGGGACAGCUUCGGCCCGGCGAGGACGUAUGAAUUCCUCGGGGCUCAGCGGGCCGCCGCGGCGCGGAGUUCCCGCCCCCCCCCUCGUUUCUCGCUGUGCGGGAUUUUCCACGGCCACGAGUUUUGCAACGAAACCGGGGUGCAGCAGCCCCUCCCGGUGUCGCGCGUGGGGCGGUGGAGCGAGCACGCGUGUCCGAGCGCGGCUGAGCCUGGAGCGGCGGGGCGGACCUGGCUCCAACCCAACACCGGCACCAUCGAUUCCCGCACUGGAGCCGGGCAUUCCCCCGCGCCUCCCGUGCACUGCAGUGACCGUGCUUCAGAAGCUGCUCCGUCCCACGGCCACCCGCGGCGGGUGGAUCCAGCCCAGCUCCCGACCCGGUUCCCCGGGUGGCCGAGGAUGCCGGUGCUCCUCGUAUAUCCGUUUAUGCCACGGUCGCGCUCCAGUGUGUCGACAACCCUUCUCCUGGGCGAGCCGAGCACGGACCCCACAGUGGGACCACCGGGGGGAACGGGGGCAGAGCAAGUCGCCCGCUGGCAGAGUCCCAGGGCCUGCCCGUCCCGGAACCGACCCCGAGACCGGAGUGGCCCUCGGGAUCCGGGAAAGGCAUCCUGCAGCCCCGGUACCGACGGGCAGCGUAUAGCGCGCCCCGGAGCCCCAUUCCACGCGAGCUCCCUGAAUGCGUGGAUACCGCCCCGCACACUCGGGGCGGCCGGCCUCGGGUUCCCGGUCAGCCCCGCCGCCCGGUUCGGCUCCGGGUGUUUCCCGCCCGGCCCCCGGGAUGUUGCCUUUUCGUUUCCGAGCAUCUCGGGGAUAAUCGGGGAGGCAGAGACUGGCUCCCAGCUGCGACACCAGCACCCCAAGGUGCCGCUGGGGAUGCUGCCGGGAAGCGCGGAGGUGUUUGGCAUCGAAUUCGUGAUCGGGCGGGACUUCCCCGGCGGCUCCGGAGGCGAGGUGGAGACGGGAGGCAGCGUGCCCCGGUGGGCCGACCCCUGGCACGGCCGCUGCCCCUUCCCCGGACACCGGAGGGGGCUGGCGGGGCCGUAG